CCCAGUCUGAGGGUCUCUCCCCAGAGCCUCAGUUUGUGCAGGACACCGACAUGGAACAGGGACUCACUGGGGGUGUUGCUGACGUUGGAGGACUAGGACAUGAAGGGAUUCUCCUGGGUCAUAGUCCCGGCCUUGACCUCCCUAGGCUACCUGCUCAUAGUGGUGGUCUCCAUCUUUCCCUUCUGGGUGCGGCUCGUGAACCAGGAGUCCCACGAAGUCUUUUUCAGUGGUCCGUUUGAGAACUGCUUCCAUGUCAAAUGCUGGAAGCCUCGGCCCUUAUCCAUUUACAUCCUCCUCGGCCGGUUUUUCCUGCUCUCUGCAAUUAUCCUGGCUUUCCUCACCACCUUCUUCAUGGUUCCCUUCGCAGCCAAGUUCUUCCCGAGGACCUGGAAGCAAAACUUUGUGUUAGCCUUCAUCAGCUUCCUCACAGCGGCCUGCGCCCUCCUGGCCUUGGUGCUGCAUGCCCUGGAGAUCCAGGCUCUGCGGAUGAAGCUCAGCCACCUGCAGUUCUCCGUGCUAUGGCCUUACUACGUGCUGGGCUUCAACAUCUUUCUGUUCAUAGUGGCUGGUACCAUCUGCCUUGCUCAAGAAAUAGCCUGCCCUUCCUGUGACUUGUUGUCCAUUUCCCAGAGGAUGGAGGAAGGCCAUGGGUGCCUGCACCUGGACAAUCUGGAGAGUUUGGGAGGAGAACUGAGCUCAGUACAAAAGGAGACACUGGUGACAGAAGAAACAGUUAUCUAGCCCAGAACAUGGCCUCCCUACCCUUCUUUAAGCCGUGUGAAUGCACACAUGUAGCUGAUUGCAGGUCCCCCUUCUCUGCCAGUGUCUGUGCCUUUGCGGAGCUUCUUGCAUGUCAGAUCAACCCUCCACUUCCCCAUAUUCACAGCAAUUCUAUCUUGAUUGUAUUUGAAAUUUGCUAAAAGUCCUUUCAACUCUUCUGAGCUUCCUGAGUGACAUUUUUGCAGGUAUCUUCAAGAAAAAGAAGGGCUGCUUUGUUCA